AAAGAAGAGGCACUCAGGAUAAUUAUCCAGAACUCAUCCAUUCGUUUCAUUUACCUCCUUUGCCUCAAAGGCUUUCCUCGGGUAGACACUUUGUAUCGCCAUUUCCGUGAGCAGCAGGACGAUACGCAUGCAGGGCUAGCAAAAAGAAAGUUGAGGAAAAGAACCGACAAUGAAUUUUUCCUUACCUGCUACCAAGAGUCUGUCAGGGCGUCUAUGGCUCCCGAAAAUAUACCUCCAGGCGCUAAUUGCUUUGAAGUUAACUUUGUGGUCAAACACUUCGAUUCCUCCAGGCACAUCAUGGCUACUUCGGCGAGGAUAGAAGAGAGUCUCAGGAAGGUUAUUCAAAACUCACCUAUUCGUUUCAUUUGUCCCCUUUGCCUUAAAGGCUUUCAUGGACCAGACCCUCUAUACCACCACCUUCGCAAGCAGCAGCAGCGUGAUGAUACACAUGCAGGUCUAGCGAUGAGAGACUCGAGCCAUUUAAGAUUUGUUACCAGCUAUCGGGAAUCUGUCAGAAUAUCUAUAACCGCCAGGGAUAUAUCCCGAGUCUCAGGAUGCUUCUCGACUGCAUUUGUGGUCGAGCACUGCUAG